AUGGAGCAGCUGAACAUGAACACAAUCGAAUUACCAGCUACGAAUCCAAAUGACGAAUCAGUCGAUUUCCUAGGUGAACCGGCUGUGAAACUGUCUCCAUCUGCAUCCUCAACUCCAAGUCUAUUACAACGUUUUUCCGGAAUCUUUUAUAAUUUAAUUUCAGCAUUUCUAUUGACAUUUUCCAUUUUUAUUGUCAAACACCUAGGUGUCGAUCUACUUGACGCCUUGAUCCCACGAUUUCUUCUUCAAACGAUUCUUCUCGCUUUCUAUAUGAAAUUUAUUAAACAUUAUACAUUCUACAAGCAAACAAGCAAAGGAGAAAUAUUGUCUCUAUUCGCAAAUGUGUUCUUUGCUACCAGUGGCUUUUUUGCUUUUUUCUUUGCCUAUCGUUAUUUAUCACUACCAGAUGCCAUCACUAUACGUUACACGCAAAUCAUCUGGACAGCAAUCCUAUCGGCGAUUGUCUAUCGUGAGAGACCGUCAAUACCGAUAGUUAUAGCCACACUGUUAACGACAAUCGGAGUGACAUGUGUUGCUCAACCGAGCUUUUUAUUCAGCAAAAUCUCGUCAUCGAAUGAUCCACAUCGUUCAUUAGGCUUAGUGAUUGUAUUUUAUUCUUCAAUAGCCAUGUCAAUUAUGGUCCUAACGAAUAAACAUUUACUUCUGAAAUAUAAGACAAAACACAGCUUAAUUGUGUUACAAUAUGCAUUCGUUUCAUUAUGUGCAAUGGUUAUUUACUGUUUUUACAAAUAUUAUUUUCGUUCUGAUCGCAUUCAAGCAUUACAAGAGAAUUUUCUUACUUGGAAGUAUUUCUGUGCAUCAUUAGUUUGUCUUUUACAGAUUCUCUCCUCGAUAUGGAUACAAAAAGCGAUCAAACGCGAAUCACCCUCGGUAUUUACCAUUAUUCAAUCCAGUGAUAUUUUAUUUUCUAUUCUAUUACAAAAUCUCCUUUCGUCUAGCAAAUCCAAUCUCCUUUCAAUAUUUGGCUCGAUGCUUGUUCUAGCAAGUAUACUAAUCAUCAGCAUUCACAAGUUUCUCAAUGAACGAAAGACGAAGACAAACAUUGUGGAAUGA